GAAAACAUCCUUACAUUAACAAAAACUAUUGAUGCAAAACGUGAAUUGCUGAGAGAAAAACGUGUUCCCACGAAUUUGUGAAAGUUUAACACGCUUUUCUGUUGUUCAUUACCUUUUAAACCUAUUUGCCUUAUAAGUUGUUCAUUUUACCUUACUGAUAUAUCAGUCAGUGUGGUCAAAAUAGUUGAAAAUGGUUGUUGUUUCCUCCACCUUUUCGGCUCCCGUUGAUGGUGUACUGUCUCAAACUCCGGGCACAAAACUCCUGGUAGAUGGCCAAGAACUAGGGACUGCUACAUUAUACAUCACAGAAAACAAUGUAGUGUGGGGCGGCGGCGUCGGCGCCAACGGCGGAGCCUCAGCCACCAUUUCUCUGCUCUACCCAAAUAUCUCACUGCACGCCAUACAGCGGGAGCCUGUGCCUGCACUGUUUGUGGUACUCGGACAUGAACUUAGGCUUCCUGAGCUAAACCAGGCAGCGGGCGAUGCCAAUGAAGAUGAUGAUGAUGAAGAGUUUGAUGCUGAUGACCCACCCUCCACAAAUCUGCUGUUCGUCCCUCAAAACGAGUCAGACCUUCAGCCGAUGUACCAGGCCAUGAUUCAAGGACAGACCCUACACCCAGACCCGGAGGAUGAGCUCGACGAGGACCCUUAUAUGGACGGCGAGGAGUUUGAUGAAGGAGACGAGGAGUUCGAAGACGCCGAGGAAAGCAACGCGAGCCCCGAGGAUGCUGCAGCGCGCCUGCGGACCCUCCGCCUCGAGCACGCCAACGGGACACAUGCAGAUGAGGCAGAAGACGAAAUAGCAGACGAGUGAACCUGAGAAGGUUAUUAGUUUUUGUAAUUUUUCAAUAUAAUGUUAGCAAUGAUGUAGGUGCCAGUAACUAACGAUUAUUCUUAAUGCAGUUGUUCAUUAGGCGGGUCCACACAGCGAGCAUACGCGCGAGGCAAUUUCCUCGCACUAAACGGGCAGUGUUGGCCGUUUUGUGCGCGAGGAAAAUGCCUCGCUGGUAUGCUCGCUCUGUGUGGACCCGCCUAUUAUCUGGAAAAACAUGAAAACAUUUUCAAAUAUCACUCUAAAUUUGAAUCCAUUCGGAUCUUUAAAAAAUUUAAUUUUAACGCGUAUACAACCAGCGCGCUAUCAGCAUAGCGGAUAACGUGGUUUAUCCGCUUUGUAGCGAAAAACGCCUACGUACAAAGAACCCGCCUAGCGUGUUGCUGGCAGAAUGUGUUAAACAUGUCAAUAGGUCACUCGGCCAGUGAGGUACAUUUGUAUGUAUGGAAUUAUAAAUAAAUAAAAAGUCAUUUACUGUCGCAAAGAAAAAAAAAGGUACAUACAGCAACGAAUAAGCAAACAAGCAAAAUAUGGACAAUAGGGUGUAAGUCCAAUAGGAUUGUUGACUGUAUUACAUUACACAAUAUAUAUAUAUAUAUAUUACAUCGUGCAUGGUUAGCACAGAACUAAUUGAUAAAAAAAAGGA